AAGAAAACAAAGGAGCCUAGAGGAGGGUAGAGUUGAGCCCUCCGCCGCCUCUUUGAAUUGAAUGAAGAGAAGGAGGGAUUUAGUACGAACAUUGUCUUGUCUUCGCUGCUUCUUCAGUCUCCCAAAGAAAAACCCAAACACUACAAAAAGAAAAAGAGCGAUGGAGGAUUCAUCUUCAUCUUCAUCUUCAUCUUCUUCUUCUUCUUCAGAGAGAUACUGUUACAAUCCGAUUCUGCGAUGGAACCCUCAGGUGGAGGACUACUUCAUCAAAGCCUACGGAUCCGACCAUUUCUCUCGCAUUUCCAAAGCCCUAACGCGUCCAUCUUGCUACUCUUGUAUACGUGUGAACACACUCAAGUCAACGAGUGACGCUGUUAUUCAGAAGCUACUCACAAUUAUAAAAGAAGAAGAAGAAGAAGGUGGUAAUGUAGAUGGUAGCGAGUCAGAAUCAGAAAUUGGUCGCAUUUCUAAGUGUCAGUUUCCUGGGUUAGAAGACUAUGUGGUUUUUUUUAGGGGUUCAGGACCACACGUGAUUGAUUAUGCCAGACCACCUAAGGAGAUAAUUGUGAGCCGUAAAUGUGCUGAGGCUGUUCUUCGAGGUGCUCAGGUAUAUGUUCCUGGUGUAAUCGCUUGCAGUGCUCAUGUUGAGAAAGGGGAUGUAGUUGCAGUUUCAGUUGGUGUGGAGCAACCUGCUCUGGAUGGUGGAGGAUGGGGUAUUGGCAUAACACGUGGUACUAUUCUUCUGGGCUUGAAGACAGAUCCGUAUUAUUUUGAAAGGAAUGGACUCUAUAUUGGCCAAGGAAAAGCAAUGAUGUCAAGGGCUGGGAUGUUUCGCGUUUUAGAAGGAAUUGCAGUGGAUAUGAGUAAUAGAGUAUACAAACUCCCUUCCUUUCAUGAUGUUCUCGAGGGUGAGAUUUUUCUUCAAAACCUGCCAAGCAUUGUCACUGCUCAUGCGUUAGAUCCACAAAAGGGUGAGCGAAUACUAGACAUGUGUGCAGCACCGGGAGGGAAAACAACUGCGAUUGCAAUGCUUAUGAAGGAUGAAGGAGAGGUUGUUGCAGUUGAUAGAUCUCACAAUAAGGUGCUUGUCAUUCAGAAACUGGCUGCUGAAAUGGGUUUGAAUUGUAUAACUGCAUUUAAGUUGGAUGCUCUUAAAGCUGUUUGGCAAAGGAAUGACUCCAAUAUUACUACCGAUCUAUGUUGCAGUGAGGAGAUAGAUGGUGUAACUAUUCAAAGUUCUGACUUACUGGGUUCACUUGUGGAUAGAAACUCAUCCAUCAUUAUGGAAGGGAUGAGUGCUGAGAAGAGUGGCAAGGAAAGUGGUAGCAAUGAAAAAGCGAAUGAGAGAACUUAUGUUAGCAAAGCUGACAUCAGGAAGAAUAUACGAAGAAUACGGAAUGGCUCUGGACGAAAUCAGUGUAACGGUGGUAGGGUUCAGAAUUCGAAAGGUUUUUCUCCUAACAGCUUUGAUAGAGUCCUUCUUGAUGCUCCCUGCUCUGCCCUUGGUUUGAGACCCCGGUUGUUUGCUGGAGAGGAUACAAUUGAAUCCUUAAGAAACCAUGCAAAGUAUCAGAGGAGAAUGUUUGAUCAGGCUGUUCAGUUAGCUCGCCCGGGUGGAAUAAUCGUGUAUUCAACGUGUACAAUAAAUCCUGGUGAGAAUGAAGCAUUGGUACGAUAUGCAUUGGAUAGAUAUACUUUUCUGUCCUUGGUACCACAGCAUCCAAGAAUUGGAGGUCCUGGCCUUGUUGGUCAUUGUGAAUUUCCUGAUGGAUAUAUCGAGGAAUGGUUAAGACCUGGGGAGGAAGAACUUGUGCAGAGGUUUGAUCCGUCAUCUCCACUCGAUACAAUUGGGUUUUUCAUAGCGAAGUUUAUUGUUGGGCCUAAAGAUGCCUAAUUUGGGAAAAGUUGUGCAAGUUCAUGAGAUCAUAAAUGGUUAAGGUUGUUAUAAAUGAAUGAUCUCAAGAAAUGCCAAAUUGCCCUUUUAUUAGUUAAAGUUUUGGAUUAUCAUGA